UUGAUGGCAGCCUUGAUUGCCAAUAUUCCCUCAUGUGGACCUGAUGUUGAUCUUUAUCCCUUUCCAACCUUCAGAGGAGCUACUUGGGCAUGCAUAAUUGAAGAUACUGCUGUAUUUGUUAUAUCAGCUCGAUUUAUGGAAAUUUGAGAAUCGAGAUUGACCCAUAAGAUGAGCACAUAUAUGAGUAGAUUGUUUUCAAGAUCUAAUUCGAGCAUAUUCUUGCAAAGUGGUACUGCUUUGCAGGCCAAAGUUCUACGCUUAAGGGAUGAAAUGUUCUUGGUGGAUGCAGGAAUUGGGACCUCAAGAAUAUGCACUCAAGAUGAGCUCAUUGGAGACCCAAACACCAAAUGGCCCACAAGGUUUGAAAACCGGGUUGGGUAUCUUGAUCGUGUGUCAGGGGAAACACCAGUCAAAAAGCAAAUCCUGGAGCGUUGCUUCGUCGAUAUGGUGACAGGUGAUUCUACAAUGAAAGAGCGAGCUGCUGUUCGGUUCAAUGAUAUAGUUGGACCCACUGAUUCCGUUUCCGGUGAGCCGCUUCUCCUUCCACGAAGGUUCAGAAAAAACCGAGCUUGGAUGGAACUGACCAAGAUUUGGCGAAGAAACUCAAAGGUCAGAGGUUUCAUAGCGGAGAAAGUCAGAGGCGGCUAUUCAGUCGCCAUUGCAGGUUACAUUGCUUUCCUUCCAACCCGUCCUAUGAUAAACAGAAGGGUGCCGAGUGACCAAUUCAUCAUUGAGAGCAUUAACCCGAAAACCAUGAAAAUCGUUGUGGUGAGAACUUGACAACUGCGUUCCUGUUGCAAUCCCUUCUUUUGGAGUCGGAGAUCGAAUUUCUUUAUUUGGGAUUUGUUUCUUUUUCUCAAAAAAAUAGCCAAUGUCUGUCGUACAUUUUUGGCUUGUUUGGUAGUGUACUUGAUCGUAUUGGAUAAGAAUAAAUUUGGUUCAUUAUAUUUUCGAUUAGUGUAUGCCGAUUUUGGGUGGGCUUCGUUA